AUGUCUAUUAUCACCAGAAAAGACUUGGCCAACCCUCGCUUGUCAGAGGCCGAGGCCGAUGAUUGGCGCAGGGUCUUUCAAGAAGCUCCCCCAUGUGCGUUUCCCCGGCCCCGCGCCGGCGCAACCUCUGCCGGCACCGUCCAAUCUGGAUCCGUGCUGCGCCGUCAAAUCUUUCUCCCCAACAGCGGCCGCUCAGGCUUCGCCCUCGACACCGUCCUGCAGGCCGCUUGGGCUUUUCUCAAUGCAUCAUACUCCGACACCGAGGACGUUGUCUUUGGCAUGGCCCUCGUCGAUGAAGAGGACACCGAUGAUGGUGAACCUCAUACAGCACUCCCUUUCCGCUUCAUAUUGAAUAAAGAUCAGACCAUUGCCGAUUGCCUUGAGGCGAUCGAGGCACAAGAGCUUCCCUUGUUGUCAUCCAGCGGCAUUGACCUCGAGGCAAUUGCCGGGCUGGGACCGGAUUUGCUCGGUGCCACGCAGUUCAGAAACCAGCUCGUCGUCUACCCGGCCAUGAUGGCCAAUAUCGACGUCCUGCUGAACCGCCCUCUCAAUGUUGAGUGCUUCCUGAACCCUUCAGGAGUACUGGUUCAGGCAUUUUAUGACACAGAAAUCCUGGAAGGGAUUGAGGUCCGUCAAAUCCUGGCCACGUUUGAAUCUUUGAUUCAGCAACUUGACGACGUGUCCAACCUGGGCAAGCCAAUCGGCCAAGUUGAAGCCAUCAGCCCUGAAGACAAGGCUCAGCUCGAAAAAUGGUGCGAGCACCUACCACCGGCCGUGGAAAAGUGUGUUCACUGGCUGUUCCAAGAAAGGGCCCGCGAGACGCCCCGCGCCGAGGCCGUGUUCUCAACAUCGCAGAACGUCUCUUGGACCUACGAACAGCUGGAUGCUCUCACCGACAAGCUUGCUCACCUUCUCGUCUCCAAGCGUGUCAGCCCAGGCAAGAUUGUCCCCGUGAUGUUUGAAAAGAGCGUCUGGAUGGUCGUUGCAACCAUGGCAGUCCUCAAAGCCGGCGGUGCCUUUGCGUAUGUUGAGCCCAACCAGCCUUGGGAGGAUGUCUCCAGGAUCCUGGGUUCAAUCGAAUCCACCUUUGUGCUCUGCUCGGCAAAGUACGAGGGCCUGCUGAGUACACAUGACGUCGAAUCAGUGAUUGUCGACGAAGCACUUCUUGCCCGCCUCCCAUCGUGCGGAUCAGUUGAGGACAUUUCUCAGCCCGCUGAUACGAGCUACAUUGUCUUUACAUCCGGAACCACUGGACGUUCCAAAGGCAUCGUAUCAAACCAUUCUUCAUUUUGCACCAGCAUAUUGGCACACGGCAAGACCGAAUUUUACGGCCCAGGGUCGCGAUGCUUUGCUUUUUCGGCCUACAAUUUUGACCUCAGCCUCACAGACAUUUUUACCACGUUGGCUUUUGGAGCUUGCAUUUGCAUUCCAUCCGACGAGGAAAAGAUGAACGCACUCACCACAACCAUAGCUCGUAUGAGAGCAACCCACAUUGCCGCCAUACCGACCGUCUCCCAAUUUAUCAAUCCUGAGGAUGUCCCCUCAGUCAAGUAUUUUCUCACAGGCGGAGAGUUUUCGAAGCCUGAAGUCGUCAAGAAGUGGCUAUCUGCUGGUAGGACCUACAUGAACAUCUACGGCCCUGCAGAAUGCAACUCGAGAAUGGCCAACAAUACUUUCAAACCCGGUGAAGACGGCAGCUGCAUCGGCCAUCCAACCGGCUGUUGUGUCUGGAUCACCAAAAGCGAUGAUCCCAAUGCGCUGGUACCACUAGGUGCACCCGGUGAGCUCCUUAUAGAAGGAAACCUGGUCUCAAGUGGCUACCUGAAGGAAGAUGAGAAGACCGCCGCCGCGUUCAUCACUGCUCCGGAUUGGCUUGUGAGAAUUUUCCCCGACCGGGCAUCUUCGAGAUUAUAUCGCACCGGCGACUUAGCACAGUGGCAACCAGACGGAAGAUUACGCCUGAUCGGUCGUCGGGACACGCAGAUGAAAAUCCAUGGCGUGAGACUCGAGGCAGCACAUAUCGAAGUCAAACUCGCUGAGGUACUCCCAAGUGGGUCUCAGCCGAUUGUUGAGAAGAUUCUUGUCGGAACAGAAGGCAAGAGGGAAAAACUUGCCGCCUUUGUCAAGUUGCCCGGUUACUCGACCAAUAACGACGACGGGCCUCCUUCAUUCUUGGAACCUACUCCAGAUCUUUGUGACUUGCUUGCUGGUGUGCAAGAUUCGAUGCUCGCUCGCCUCCCUGCCUGGAUGUGUCCAAAUCACAUUUUGCCACUUGACAAAUAUCCUAGAGCUCACUCUGGUAAGGUCAACAGAAAGUUCUUGCGGGAAAUGGUUGCGGAUUGGUCAGAGGAGUCCUUGAACCGCUUCACUGUCUCAUGCUCAGCAGCUAGCAAAGAGCUUCCUGUCAGCCCUGUUGAAAAGGCCAUAGCCGGAUUGUGGGCAGAGGUGCUUCAUCUCUCUACUUCACUCGUCGGGCGUCACGACUCAUUCUUCCGUCUGGGUGGAGAUUCGGUUGCUGCCAUGAAGGUAGCUUCAGCUUGUAGUGGCCGUCAAGACGGUUUGCGAAUACUGGUUGCCGACAUCUUCCGCCAUCCAAAACUGUCUGAUCUCGCAGUCAACGUGUCAAGCAAUUUUGUGAUUUCGCAAACAGUUGUUGCUCCGUUUGAGCUCAUUGGUGGACACUCAUCUCUCGAAAAGUACACCCAGGCGUUGAAUCUGGCAGGGAUCGACCCAUCAACCGUCGAAGACAUGUAUCCUUGCACGCCGAUGCAAGAAGGCAUGAUGGCGGAAACUAUGCUGUCGCCAAACACAUACAAGCUUCAGCAUGUACUCAAGCUUGAUCCCUUGAUUGAUCUUCCUCGCCUGCAAGGCGCGCUCGACCGGCUGGUCAAGUCGUUUGCAAUCCUCAGGACCAGGAUAAUACUGAUGCCGCGAAUCAAGGGAGUCACUGGCAGUAGCUCGUACCAGGUUGUCCUCAAAGAGUACUCUCCCGUCCAUACCAAGACGGCUGAGAAAGUGAAGAGUGCUCUUGCCGCCGAGAGAAAGGCUGCCAAAGUAGGCUAUGGCAACGAACUCAGUCGCUUCACCGUCAUUACUGCCGAGGGAGGUAGAUAUCUUGCCUGGACCAUUCACCACGCAGUAACAGAUGGCUACACAUAUAACCUCAUCCUCAAAAAGGUGGAAGAGUUGUACAAUGGGCUAGAAUCCCUCACAUCGACACCUUUUGUUCAUUUCGUCAAGCAUCUACAGGACCAGGACCAAGAGAAGAGCGCACAAGCUUGGAGGCAGAUGCUCGGAGGUGGUACCUCAUCUCACUGGCCUAGCUGCAGCAAUGAAGCACACGAACCAAUAGUCACGCGUACAAUCACAAAGACACUCACCUACCCCAGCAACGAGAGCGGCUGCACUAUUUCGACCGUCAUCAGAUCGGCUUGGGCUCUAGUCCUCAGUAGUCUUGUCGAGUCCUCUGACGUUAUAAUGGGUCUUGCUCUCGCCGGACGCGAUAUUGAGCUACCGGGCGUCGAUGACUGUGCAGGACCAUGUUUGACCACGGUUCCUUUCCGUGUUCUUGUCGGAGAUGAGACUUGUUCAGGAAUACUCAAUGCCGUUCAACAGCGCUAUGCUAAUAUCAUCCCUCAUCAACAUAUUGGCAUGAAGAACAUCCGCAAGGCAUUGGGUGCAUCAUCUCAGACAUGUGACAUUGCGAAUCUUCUUGUGAUCCAACCGGCUGGCUACCAGGCUGAUCAAGGAAUUUGGACUGAAGAAAAUAAUCUGAGCACAGACGAGGAGUUAAGCUUCGGAUUUACGCUUGAAUGCCUUCUUGAGUCUGAGAACAAAGUCACGGUAUUGUGUGGAUUCGACGAACAAAUGGUUACUGAAGCCAAGGCAAGGGAUAUUUUGGGCAUGCUCUCCACCGCAAUCAACUCCCUGACCCUUGCUUCAAACCAGAACAUAUUACUCACCGACAUGGCGGAUUUGCAAUUUGUCCAGCGCGCCAAGAUUCCCAAGCUGAAUAUUGGAAUGGACGCCGUAGAGCAAUGCCUUCAUUCAUUGGUGGAGGAGCAAGCUCGGUCGCAUGCAGAUGCCAUCAUGAUUGAUGCCUGGGACGCAAAGUUAACAUACCGUGAGGCCGAUCAAUACGCGACCCGUCUUGCCAGCUUUAUUGCAGGUCUUGGUGUUGGUCCUGAGGUUAUCGUGCCUUUUGCAUUCGAAAAGAGCGCAUGGACGACGGUAGCUAUCCUCGCCAUCCUCAAGGCAGGUGGUGCCUGCGUGGCUUUGGACAUGGCACACCCACGCUCGAGACUCGAGGGUAUGAUAGAAGAUGUCGGGGCAAAUCUGGUGCUAUGCAGCAGGAAACAGGAGCAGACUCUCAAGACGUACAAGGGUCUUCAACACAUCAUUGUUGUUGACCGAGACUCCCUUGAUCGUUUGCCCAGUGAUAAGACUUUCCGUAGCGAAGUCAAGCCAACCAACGCCGCUUGGGUUGUCUACUCAUCUGGCUCUACGGGAACCCCCAAAGGUGCAGUGCUAGAACACCGGUCACUCGCAACUACGGCUCGCACCAACUCGGAGGUCCUCGGUUGUGGUCCUAGCACCCGUGCCUUGUCGUUCGCGUCACAUUCAUUUGACGUUACCAUCGAGGACAACGUCACCAUUCCCAUGUUUGGCGGUUGCAUUUGCAUACCAUCCGAUGAAGAUCGCUUCAAUGACCUGGCUGGCGUCAUGACCCGCAUGUCUGUCAACUGGGCUGAUCUGACCCCCACUGUCGCUCGCAUGCUCUCUCCAAGCACUGUGCCAACCCUUCGCACCAUGGUUCUCGGUGGUGAAGCUUUGACCCAGGACAUAAUCGACACGUGGGCUCCUGUGGAAGGCUUCAGACUUUACAAUACCUAUGGACCCUCCGAGUGUUCAGUGCAGUGUACCUCCUGCUUGGAGCCUCUGGGACGUGAUGCCCGUGGAGGUAACAUUGGACAUCCGAUGAACUGCAGCAUGUUUAUUGUCAACUCGGAUGACCCCAAUGUGCUUUUGCCAGUAGGUGAGGUUGGAGAGAUGCUCAUUGAAGGGCCUAUUGUUGGUCGCGGCUAUCUCAAGAACGAGGAGAAAACUCGUCAGGCUUUCGUUCAAGGUCUGUCUUGGGCCAAGGACUCAUCCCGUCGUUUCUACCGCACCGGCGACCUUGGUAUGCUCAACGAGGAUGGUAGCUUCAGCUUCAUCUCACGCAUGGAUACUCAAAUCAAGUUGAAUGGUCAACGGGUAGAGCUGGGUGAGAUUGAGGCUGUUCUGCUCAAAACCUCGAAGCUGGCUCAGGUCUGCGUCGAGACAUUUAGCCCGCACUCGGUUAGUCGGAAGCUGCUUGUGGCCUUUAUCCAGCUGGAGCGUCAGUCGAGUGACGAAAGGAUGGAAACCAAGUCACCCUUGGAGCUUGUUGAAAUGACGGCCUCCAUCCGAGAGACGCUGGCUCGCAUCAAGCAGAAUUCUGCCGACCACCUUCCCGAGUACAUGGUUCCUUCACUUUUUGUUCCCGUGUACAGUCUGCCGAUGAGCGCUUCUGGAAAGAUUGAACGCAAAUCUCUGCGAGAACUGGCAUCUAGCUUCUCGCAACAGCAGACCCUCACUUAUGCACUUCGAGUUGACACCACCAUGGAUGGUCCCGUCUCUGAUUCUGUGAUUUCCGAGGUCCUCAAGGAACUCUGGGCAGAGGUUCUCCAAAUCGAUCUCCAGUCGCACGUCAUUGGCCCUGAGGAUAGCUUCCUGGAGCUAGGAGGCGACUCUAUCGCGGCCAUGCAGCUCGUCAGUAAGGCAAAGGUGGCCGGUCUGGAGUUGUCUGUUCGUGGAAUCAUGAAGACGCCUACACUGGCAAACAUGGUACUAUCGGCCAACAUUACACCUGGUGUCGAGAUACGGCCUAGGGGCAUUUCCAUCCCAAAGGCUCCCAAGUAUGGCCUGUCUCUUUCAAUCCCAACGCCUACUUCGGCAAUCUCCAGAAGCCUGCCGACUCCUUCAUUAGCCAAGGAUGAGCCUUAUAAUGCCUUUUCACUCGUCCCCGAAACCUUGAGCAGGACCACGUUGCUCAAUGAGGUGCUCGAUGUGGUACUAGGUGAGGAGAGACGUCUAGUCAAUGAUGUUUAUCCUUGCACCCCGCUGCAAGAUAGCUUAAUGGCCUUGACUGCCAAGGAUAGCACGGCUUACGUGCUGCGAGAGGUCUUUGAUCUUCCCGAGGAUACAGAUAUGAAGCUCUUCAAGCAGGCCUGGUCAGAUGUGGUGGCCGCUACCGACAUCUUCCGUACCCGCAUCGUCCACGUGCCCGGUCACGGUUCGUUCUCGGUCGUUCUUGAUACACCAUUGGAGUGGACCGAGGUCAAGACGUUGGAUGAGUACCUCGCCCUUGAUACGGCAAAUGAGAAAGACAUGAAUUAUGGCACGCGUUUGGUUCGCUUUGGGCUUGUGGGCAACGAUGGUAGUCCUCAGUUUGUCUGGACCAUGCACCACGCUUUGUAUGAUGGAUUCUCGUAUAACCUCACACUUGAGGCCGUCGAUCAGGCCUAUCAAGGAAUGGGAGUGCCACCUACACGACCCAUCCUGGACUUGGUCCGCUAUCUCGGACAGUUGCACCAGGAUGUUGUGGCUGACUUUUGGACCAAGAACCUCGAAGCCUGCCAAGCAGUUCCAUUCCCUCCUGCUGCUCCAGGUCAAAUCUGCGUGGCCGACAAUACGGUCAAACACUCGGUCAAGUUCCGCCGCCCACCGCGGUCCAAGUUUACUGCUGCAACUGUGCUCAAGGCUGCAUGGACCAUCCUGAUGGCACGUGUCUCGGAAUCUAACGAUGUCGUCUAUGGUCUGACUUCUUUUGGUCGUGACGUUCCCAUCGAUGAUGUUGAUAUCAUCAAUGGUCCACUUUUGACCACGACGCCUGUUCGUAUGCAAGUGGAUCUCGACGCAACUGUUGAAUCAUUCCUCGGGGCCGUGAAUGAGCAGUCAAUCGAAGCCGGUCCUUUCUCUCAUGCAGGAAUCCACAACAUCAAAAAGCUUAGUGAUUCCUGCCGGAGCGCCUGCGAAUUCCAGAACCUAAUCGUCAUUCAACCUGCCGGUGGUAAUUCCGAGGAGGACUCUCUCUUCCGAGACCGUGCAACCCACACCACCGCAAACAUAAUCUCUGGUUUUGGUUUGGUGGUUGAGUGCGGGCUCGGUGAGGGUACAGUUUCUCUGACUGCUCAUCAUGAUUCAUCUGUCUUGUCGGCAUUCCGUGCCGAAAGAUUGCUGAGGCAAUUCGCCCGAAUUGUUGAGCAGCUGAUUCGACUCCCACGCGGUGGAGCAGCCAGCAUCACCGUCGGUGAGAUUGAUGUUUUAUCCAGCAAGGACCGACAGGACUUGAGAGAGUGGAACAAGAACUGCCCUGCCUGGAUGGAUACCUGCAUGCACCAGCUCAUCAAGCGUAACACUCUCACAAACCCGGAGUUUCCCGCCAUCGAAUCCCGGGAAGUUACCUGGUCCUACCAACAACUGGAUGAUCUUGCCACGCACUUGGCUCAUCAACUUUGCGAGCUAGGGGCCGCACCAGAAAGAAUUGUCCCGAUCAGCAUGGAAAAGUCUGCCAAUGUCAUUGUGGCCAUGUUAGCUGUGCUCAAAGCCGGUGCUGCCUUUGUUCCCAUCAAUCCAGACGACCCUGAAGACCGCCGGGCUGAUCUUCUGGAACAAGUUCAGGCAGAAACGAUCUUGGUGUCACCUAACACCAAAGACCGUUAUGAGGGCUUUAACAAGCUCAAGAUGGUCACCUUACCUUCAGACCUUGCUGAAUGGGGGACUCUCAAUACUUCUCCACUACCUCCAAACGAUGUAAAACCUUCAAAUCUUGCCUACUUAUUGUUCACGUCUGGCAGUACUGGACGCCCCAAAGCCGUCAUGACUGAGCAUCGCGCCGUUUGCGCAAGCACAACCGGUCACGGCAAGGCCAUGGGCUUUGCAGAUUUCCCUCGUCGUGUCGUGCAGUUUUCAACCUACACUUUUGACGCCUGUAUCGGUGAGAUCUUUACUACACUUCGGUACGGCGGAACCAUUUGUGUGCCUGGCGAGCAGGAGCGCAUGAACGACCUCUCUGGCUUCAUUCGUGACUUUAGGUGCGACUGGGCUUUUUUCACUCCGACCUUUGCACGUCUACUCAAGCCUGAAAACAUCCCGUCCAUGAAGACAUUAGUCCUCGGAGGAGAGGCCGUGACUCAAGAGAGUGUUGACACUUGGGCGGACAAAUUGAGGCUAAUGAACGGUUACGGGCCUACCGAGACAUGCGUCUUUUGUACUUGUCGUGACAUCUCAAAAGGCGACAAGCCCGAGAAAAUUGGACACAUGGUUAGCUCCGUUGGUUGGGUUGUUGACCCGCAGGACCACAACCGUUUGAUGCCAAUUGGCUGUACGGGUGAGCUGUUGGUUCAAGCACCCGGAUUGGCUAGAGGCUACCUAGGUCAACCUGACAAGACCAGGGAGGUUUUUGUGCCUGCUCCAGCAUGGCUCAGGGACUUUGGCUACUCUACCGAUCAGGUGCUGUACAAGACGGGUGAUCUCGUGCGUCAGGACCUAACCGACGGUUCUCUGAUGUAUCUUGGCCGAAAGGACAACCAAACCAAGGUGAAUGGGCAGAGGCUGGAGCUGGGUGAGAUCGAGGCUGUGCUUAAUGGCAAGGAUGCCACCGUAGAGCAGGUUGUCGUUGUUGCUGGCAAGACUGUCAUUGAUAAGAACAAGCAAGUUCUUGUCGCAUUUGUCGAGUUUGUCUCCAAGGGCAGCAGUGAUGACAUGAUACUUGAGCAUGAUGAUGAGUCAAGACUCAAAAUGAAAGAGCUGGAAGCCCUGGCGCGGACCAGUCUACCAAAAUACAUGGUCCCUACUCUUUGGAUUCCUGUCUCCAAGAUGCCUUCCUUGGCAGCCAGUAGCAAGACAGACAGAAAGACACUGGGCUUCAAGAUAGCUAGUCUGACCCCUGAGCAGCUUACGGCAUAUUCACUCGCCACAAGCACCAGCUCAUCCUCUCGCGCUCCUUCAACCAACAAAGAGAGAUCAAUCGUCAACCUCGUAGCUCAAAGUCUUGGGCGCGAUGCAACCUCGCUCAGUGUUGACGACAACUUCCUGGCACUUGGAGGCGACUCCAUCACAGCCAUUCAGCUAACCGGAGCUGCACGAGCUGCUGGCAUUGUACUCACUCAUGAGGACGUCUUCCGUUAUCCCCGUCUUGCUGACAUGGCGAAUGUGGCAAAAUUUAGCUCUGAGUCAGCUGAAAACACCAAAGACGUCGAGCCAUUUUCCCUCAUCCCAGGAGACAAGAAGGAAACGGUGCUCUCAGCCCUUGAGAAGACGUACCGCAUGCCUCGCAGCACAGUCGCAGACGUUCUCCCUUGUGCGCCAAUCCAGCCGGGCCUCAUCGCAUUGACGGUUAAAGACUCUCAGGCCUAUGUGCUUCGUGAGGUAUACCGUCUCCCGGCCAAGUUGGACGUUGAAAGAUUCAAACAGUCUUGGGAGGCUGUUGCUCGCGAUGCAGGCAUCCUACGCACUACCAUAGUCAACAUAGACGAGCUCAACAGCUUUUUCCAGGUCGUUAGGGGUGCUGGCAAGGAUGUCAUUGACUGGCGUUCUGGAAAGAGCGUCAAAGGAUACAUUGAUGAAGACAAACGCCUACCUUUCCAAUUGGGUACACCAUUUUCACGCUUGGCCAUUGUCGACACACCCUUUACCGGCAGCUAUUUCAUCUGGUCGAUUCACCAUUCUACAUAUGACGGCUGGUCAAAGAAUCUCAUCCUUCGUCGUGUACAGGCAGCAUAUGAGUCGUCAUCGCCACAGCCCGUCAUUGAGCCGACGCCUCCAUUCAGUCGAUUCAUCGCCCACCUCCAGGAGACGGACCCUGAAGAAUGCCGAGCUUUUUGGCAGGAUCAAUUCAAGGGCAUCUCAGCACCGCCGUGGCCUCUCCUUCCCAACCAGCAGUUUGAUCCUCUCCUAGACGGCGAAGUGGCCAUCACUUUGCCCUUUGAGCGUCGUCUCGGGUCAAGCUUUACCACUUCCACCAUCAUCAAGGCUGCAUGGGCUCUCGUGCAGGGUUGUCAUAGCGGCUCACCUGACGAUGUACUAUUUGGUGUGAUUCAGAGUGGUCGUGACACACCGGUUGAGGGUAUUACAGAAAUGGUCGGGCCUACCAUCACGACGGUACCCCUUCGAAUUGCCGUUGAGAAGACUGCCACGACCGUGCCACAAUUCUUGCAAAUGAUACAAGACCAGACCACCAACAUGAUCAAGUUUGAGCAUGCUGGUUUGCAAAAUAUACAGCGUAUGGGCAAGGAAUGCCGCGAAGCCUGCGGGUUUGCAUGCGUCAUGGUUAUCCAGCCCCCGGAUGUGCACGACGAGGUUUCAUUCCUCGGCGCGCAAAAGCUGUCGGAUGAGGAAAAGGAGACACUUCGCUUCGGCAUGGGUAUCCACGUCCGUAUUCGCAGGGACAACCAAUUAGACAUUCUGGGAAAUUUCGAUCCCAGAAUUACUCCCGAAGCCGUCAUGCGUCGGAUUCUUUAUCAAUUCAAGCAUGUGGUCGAGCAGAUUAUAGAACACGCAACCGAAAGCAUCAUUCCCCUUUCCGAUAUUGAUCUCUUCAGUCCGUACGACAAGGACCAAGUCAUUUCUUGGAACCAACCCACAGAGCUCAACCCCUUGGAACUUGAGGGCCACCUUGCCGCUGGACUCACUCAUGAGCUGUUUCACCUCGCAGCUACUGCCAACGAAGCGAGGGAAAAGAGCAUGGCCAUCAAUGCAUGGGAUGUUGAUUUCCGUUACGGCGACCUCGAUCGGAUUACCACCAAGCUGGCUCAUCACUUGCAAAAUUCUUUCAGCAUUGGGCCUGAGGUUAUUGUCCCUCUUUGUUUCGAGAAGUCAGGCUGGGCUAUAGUUGCCAUGUUGUCGGUCAUGAAGGCUGGCGGUGCAGUGGUAUUCCUCGAUCCCUCCUACCCAAUGGGUCGUCUGAAUGAGAUUCUCAACCAGAUUGAAACCAAAGUUAUCCUCUGCUCUCUGGCUCAGGUUUCUCUCUGGCGGUCGUCUGGUCUGUCCGUUCAGGUCGUGGACAACGUUUCUAUUGCCGCCCUACCAGACGCAGGACCCGAACUCCCAAUCACCAGUGCCACCUUGUCUAGCGCUCUGUAUGUCAUCUUUACCUCUGGUUCAACUGGAGUUCCCAAGGGUUGCGUGGUUGAACAUCGGGCUUUCUUGCACUCUUGUCAAGCUCAGGCUCGUACUUUUAAUGUACGCCCUGAAGACCGAGUGCUGCAGGGCUGCCCUUAUAGCUUUGACGUGAGUGUCAUGGAGAUGUUAACCACUCUACUCCACGGCGCUUGCGUCUGUGUGCCCAACGAGCGGGCCAAGAACCGUAGCAUGGUUGAUGUGAUCAACGACUUUCAUAUCAACUGGACCUUUUUGACUCCCUCGGUCGUCAGGUUUAUUGAGCCUGCCGAGGUGCCGACCCUGGAAAAGCUGGUUCUCGGAGGCGAGGCCAUGACCAGGCAGAAUAUUGACAUUUGGGCAAACAAAGUUCAACUGGCCAACGGUUACGGCCCGACCGAGUGUGCUAUCUCUGCUACUGUCAAUAACCACAUCACGCCCGAAAUGGACCCGGCUAAUAUUGGCAAGGCCAUUGGCGGUAUUUGCUGGAUUGUGGAUGCAGAAAAUCACGACAUAUUGGCUCCUGUUGGAACUGUUGGAGAGCUUGUCAUCGAGGGCCCGACUUUGGCGCGCGGUUAUCUCAAGAACCCCGAAAAGACGGCAGAAUCUUUUAUCAAUGACCCUGCCUGGUCACUCAAGCUUGAUGGCAAACACCGACGUCUUUACAAAACCGGUGAUUUGGCCUAUUACGAUGCUGAUGGAUGCAUUAUGUUCUGUGGACGAAAGGAUGCGCAGGUCAAGGUCCGAGGUCAGAGGAUGGAAUUAGGCGAAAUCGAAUCUCAUCUCAGCCAAAACGCCGAGAUUCAACAUGCUGCUGUCUUGUACCCUACAUCUGGCCCUUGCAAGGGUCAACUAGUCGGCAUGGUUUCCAUCAAGAAGCUUGGUGCUGAAACCAACCGGGAUGGUAUCGUUGAGCUAGUAGAUGGUGAGGAGACCUCUAUUGCAGCAGCGGUCACCUCGGACGCUACCGUUCACCUGUCUUCGCUUGUACCUGGCUACAUGAUCCCCAACCUUUGGAUCGCAGUCAAGAGUUUCCCACUGCUCCCUUCGGAAAAGCUCAACCGGAAAUGUCUCAGCCAGUGGCUCAAUGGCAUGUCGGAUGAACUGCACAAAUGCGUGUGCGGCAUUACAACUGCAAGCCCGGAUGGCAGUUCAGCUUCUCAACAACUCAAAAUAGUCGAACCAUCUACUGAUGCAGAGAAGAUUAUCCACCAGGUCUGGUGUGAUGUUCUCAAUCUGCAGGCCGAAGAGGUGGGAGUUACGCAGGAUUUUGUCACACUUGGCGGUGACUCCAUCCUCGCAAUGGCCAUGUCUUCCAAACUGAGAAAGGCAGGUUUCCAAGUCUCGGUUACUGAUCUUCUCAUGACACGUACCAUAAAGAAGCUUGCCGCUCGCAUUGGUCACACGACCAAAAGUCCAAAGGACAAGACCAAGAGCCCUCUUGGUCUGCGCAUGCUUGGCUUUUUUGGAGACUCGGAUCUUGACAAUGACAAUGACACGGGCUACGAGUCAGACCGUAGUGAUGCCACCACAGCCGCUACUUCGGUCUCGGUCACAAGUGGUAGUAAUUCAAAAGAGGGACAACCGGUCCAAAGUCAGCAACCAACCGAGCUCUUUGAUCUCACUCCGAUGCAGCAAUACUAUGCUAGUCUCGCCCUUGGAAACGACGAGCUGUCCCGACAGACGGAUGCUAGGUUCAACCACAGUUUCUGCAUCAAACUCAAGCGUCCUCUUAACCCUGCCGUCCUGUCAUCUGCCUUCUCCGAGAUCAUUACCCGUCACAUGAUGCUACGUGUGCGUCUGCAGCGAUGUGAUGAAGAAACGGCAGCAUGUGGCUUUCGCCAGUUUAUAUCUCCCGACGUCAAAAAGUCUUUCCGUCUCCGCGAAUGGAGCAAUGUGGCCUCGGUGGACGACGUCAAGGACCGUCUAGAGGAUGCCCGUAUCACACUAGAUCUCGAAAACGGUCCAAUCAGCUCACUUGAUCUCGUCACCACAACCGGUGGAGAUUCAUUCCUUUACCUUGUUACACACCAUAUUGUCGUCGAUCUUGUAUCUUGGAACUCAAUCCUCCGAGACUUUGACGAUCUACUGUACAAGGGUGCUUUUAGCUACGAGGAGCCGAGUCCGUUCCCGCUGUGGGCUCAAAAGCAGGCCGAGUAUGCUCGCCUUCAUCUCGAUCCCAAGACUACACUACCAGCGCCUAUUCCUACGGCGGACUUUAAAUUCUGGGGCAUGGCAGACGACAAUGGUACUCCUCUCCCGAACCUCGCCAGAGACACAACUCAUCACACAAUCUCCAUACCCGAAGCUGCUACGGCCAUGCUCUUGCGGGAGAGCCAUGCCAAGUACAAGGCUGAGCCCAUGGAUAUUCUUGUAUCGGCACUUACACGUUCGUUCUUCCUCGUCUACGGCCAAGCGCGCGAAUCGCCACCAGCCAUCUUCCGUUUUGGUCAUGGCCGUGAGGAUAUUGAGGGGCUACCAGACGUCUCGUCGACAGUCGGCUGGUUCUCAACCCUGUCUCCCAUACACGUGCCCAUCGGGUUAGGCCAAGACUGCAGCGCCACUAGCAUGCUCUCCAAAACCGUCGACCUACGUCAACGUACCCCCAACAACGGUUGGGCUUAUUUUGCCUCGCGUUACCACCAUCCUGAAGGUGCCACCGUCUUCAAGGGUCAUGAAAAUAUGGAGGUGGCCAUCAAUUAUCUUGGCGUCAUGGAUCGACAGGUUCGUGGUGCAGAUUCUGCCAUAUUCGACCUCACUAAUAUGAUAGACGGAGGCCUGGGUGCCAAGGGCCAAGAUGUCAAGUGUAUGAGUCUGUUUGGCAUCACGGCAGAGGUGCGAGCCGGUUCCCUUCAGGUGGACUUGGAGUGGAAUCGCCGCAUAAGAGGACAAAGUCAGGUCAAGGCCUGGUGGAGGGAAUUUGAGGCUUGCCUGAAGGAGUUGGCGUCGACCGGUUCACCUUAUGUAAGGAGUAGCAGUGGUGAAUGGGGAGUAAUGCCCAACGCGGGGAGGAGAACGUCUCUGUCUAGGGAGAAUAGGCGGAUGCGGUCGAUUUCAGGGCACAGGUCGCGGAAGACCUCCAUUGCAUAG